CCCAAAGCGAAAAGAAGUAGUUCUAAGACUGGAUUUUCUCUCUUUUUUCUUCAUGAAAGGAUUUAAGCAACGAAUCCUUUGAUAAAGAAAAAUCCUCGUAAACCCUUUUUCGAUUUUUCUGAGCAGUUGAACCCGGAAAUACGACCCAGUUUUAAAAAGCUCUAUUGGACUCCCUGUGUGGAUCACUGAAGUAAAAACAAGAUGGAGGACCGAACGCCUCAACAAUGACAUCACCAAAUUGAGAAAAUUUAGCAAUUUCGUGAAGCUCUCAGAAUGUCUACAAACGUAUAUCAGUAUGAUGGAGAGCCAUUGGAAGUCAUUCCAUAUAUAUUCAAAGAUUCCUGGUCGUAUUCUAUSCACCUUACAUUCUUUCUCUACGGUAUGGUGAACAUUGGGUGCUACUUCUACGCUGUGGUUAUGACUGAUGUUUCCUGUGGGAAAGUUGUACCAAGUCCGCGACAUGGAGUCAAAACUGGUUCCUUCUUUUGUCAAUCCUGUCAGCAAAAUUCCCCACCCAGAGCACACCACUGUGGGUUGUGUGGAUCGUGUAUAGAAAGACGUGAUCAUCACUGUUACUUUAUAGCAAACUGCAUAGGACAAGCUAAUCUGAGUUAUUUUAUUGCAGUCAACAUCUGGGCCGGUAUAAUAGCAAUCUACUCUGUAUCCAUCAACCUUAUCUAUCUUAAUCACCACAUCAUACCCUUGUCACCAAUCACAGUAGAAGGAAUUCUACAACUUGUUCCUGUGGUUACAAUUUACAAGUAUUGUGUAGGCGGCAUAGCAUUGUUCCAUUUGAUUGUUGUCAUAGUAACCUGGAUGACGUUUGUUCAAAUUCUCGUCAGUUUCACAUGUAGUGGUUUCCAAGCACGGCUACUAGUCACAGGACAAACUACAUAUGAGUUCAGUCAUCAACUGUUAGCAUAUGACAAAGGAUGGCGUAAUAAUUAUGAAGACAUCUGCGGAAAGUACUGGUAUAUUUUAUGGUUGUUCCCAACAUGGCCUAGAAAGUCUAGAAAGGUUGACGGCUCAGAGGAAAAUGGCUAUUAUUCUGGAAAGGAAGACGAUUACCCCAGGAAAGUCAUUUGACCGACAGUAGAAACAAUAGACCCUUUAUCUUUGACAUAUUACUUACUCAUAUCAGGCUGUGCAUGAUUGACUUUGCAUAAGGAAGACACAUGAAUAUAGAUAUACAAUCACUUAAACCACUUUUUUGCCAUUACAGAACAUGUAUCAUUCCCUAGAGUAUCAUUUCUUUGUUUAUUUCAGAAGACAUAUGAAUAUAGACAACUUAAAAGUUAAAAAAAAACUUUAAAAAGUUACUCAAAAGUUGUCUAUAUUCAUGUCUUCCCAAAUAAACAGUCAACUGAAAUUGGAAAACAUCACACCCAAGGUAAAAAGUUCUUUUGCUGUGAUAUGUACCUGAAAAAAAAYGGCAAAAAUAUCAACUUCUUUCCAAUUUGACCAUGCAAUGAGGGCCACAGGUUUGUUAGGCACUGGUUUUUAAGUCCUACCCUUGUUAAACAUAUGCAAUUUAUUUAUUUAAUUUUAAAAAAGUGAGUGCAACAAUGGUCAAAUGACUGACACAAGAUUUUCCUAUUUUGUUUUAUUCAGUAAAUAUAUUACUAACACUUUUACUUUGCACAUAUCAUUGUAGUCAAUGUUCAAUAUAUUAAUGUCAUUCAAUCAUACCGUUAUGUACUUAUUCAGCAAUAGACCAUUUCACAGAUCCCACAGCUCAACCUCAGCCUCUUCAGCAUGUAAUAUAUACAGUCAAUUC